AUCAGAUACCAUCAUUAUGGCUGGUCAUCACGAUAUGUUUACAUUUUAACAUAUAAAUUGGGGGUAAUGUGAUGUGGGUAUGAUAUUGUGUAGACAUCAUGUUGAAGACGUGUAUGUUACUCGGGGUGGCCUGUGUCCUGUUGCAAGUUGCGGCUGACGAUGAUUUUGGUCCUGGAGUUUGGAAGGUCCAAUUCAUAGAGAAAUGCGACCAACACCACCAUAAGUUCAUAUUCGACAUAAAACAGAAGAAAAUCAAUAGAACCCACGACGGAUUCUAUGGGGACCUUAAACUAGAUGAGACUUUCGACGAUACUUUUGGGAUCCGUGUAGAUAUAUGCAAGCACGUAGACGGCGGGUGUAAGCAGUACCAGGUGUUGUCAGACGAUUGCUUCAUCAACUUCGUCAACAAAUACGCCGAGGAAAACGCUAAGGUCGCCUUAACGUUCGCUGGUGUCUAUCCUCCCGAGUUUCCAAUACAAUCGAAUGAUUACGAGAUAAAGGACUACGUAUUCGACUACUCGGAGCUUCCAAGCGACAGUUGGUACGGCUACUUCUGUGCCAAGGCCUUCGUGCUGAAGGGAUCCGAAGAAGUCGGCUGCGUGGAGGUCCACGUUGAGUUUAUGAAAAUAGAAGAAGAUGAGGAUGAAUAGACAAUAUUAGCUGUAUAUUUUUAAUCGUAAUUAUUAUAGGCUUGACAAAAUUUUCGGUUUUGCUGUACAUAAAAUUGUUUGAAAAUUAAUUUUCGGAGAAUGUACGUAAUUAAAUAAAUACAGAAUUAUAAAAAAUAUGUUUGUAAUAAACAUUAAUGAGUAGACAAAUUACAAGUACAAGUAAAAAUGGAAAUAAAUACUGUAUGAUCAAUAAAACUGUAUUUAAUAAUU